AAUGGCCCGGGUUCCCCCCCAUCGCCUGACCUGCGUUGACUGGGAGGAGAGCGGGAGAGGGAGCAGCGAGGGAGCGCGCAUUCCGGAGCAGGCUGCUUUGCCUCCGACCACAGGCUGUCUUGUGCAGGCUGCCCCUCUCCUUCAAAACCCUGCAUCCCCUCCCCUAAGCAGCAGGCAGUGUGCCUCCUUUCCGCCACAUUUGGUAUGCAUGAGCACCACGGCUGCAGGGAGAGGGGAGGUGGCUUUCCUAAGAAGGUUCAGGGGCUUGGGCAGCGCCACUUGACUAGUCUCCCAAGUUCCAGGAAGCCUCUGCCUUAAUGGAAUUCGCAGGUGUGGAGAUGACCAUGGGAUGCCAGGGCCGUGGGGGACCAUCUGUUUUCUAGGCAUUGCUCAGGUUUGCAGUUUCUGGUUUUCCCGGUGGAAUUUGGAAGGGGUCAUGAAUCAGACUGAUGCUUCUCGACCCCUAAACUGGACCAUCCGGAAGCUAUGCCACGCAGCCUUUCUCCCAUCUGUAAGACUUCUUAAGGCUCAGAAAUCCUGGAUAGAAAGAGCAUUUUAUAAAAGAGAAUGUGUUCACAUCAUACCCAGCACCAAAGACCCCCAUAGGUGUUGCUGUGGACGUCUGAUAGGCCAACAUGUCGGACUCACUCCCAGUAUCUCUGUGCUUCAGAAUGAGAAAAACGAAAGUCGUCUCUCCCGAAAUGACAUCCAGUCUGAGAAGUGGUCCAUCAGCAAACACACUCAGCUCAGCCCAACGGAUGCUUUUGGGACCAUUGAGUUCCAAGGAGGCGGCCACUCCAACAAAGCCAUGUAUGUGCGAGUAUCUUUUGAUACGAAACCGGACCUCCUCCUCCGCCUGAUGACCAAGGAGUGGCAGUUGGAGCUCCCCAAGCUUCUCAUCUCUGUCCACGGCGGCCUGCAGAACUUUGAGCUCCAGCCCAAACUCAAGCAAGUCUUUGGGAAAGGGCUCAUCAAGGCAGCAAUGACCACGGGAGCAUGGAUCUUCACAGGAGGGGUGAACACAGGCGUCAUUCGCCAUGUUGGAGAUGCCUUGAAGGACCAUGCAUCUAAGUCUCGUGGGAAGAUAUGCACCAUAGGUAUCGCCCCCUGGGGGAUUGUGGAAAACCAGGAGGACCUGAUUGGAAGAGAUGUAGUCCGGCCAUACCAGACCAUGUCCAAUCCCAUGAGCAAGCUCACUGUUCUCAACAGCAUGCACUCCCACUUCAUCUUGGCCGACAACGGGACCACUGGGAAGUAUGGAGCCGAGGUGAAACUUCGGAGACAGCUGGAAAAGCACAUUUCACUCCAGAAGAUAAACACAAGAUGCCUGCCGUUUUUCUCUCUUGACUCCCGCUUGUUUUAUUCAUUUUGGGGUAGUUGCCAAUUAGAUCCAAUUGGAAUCGGUCAAGGUGUUCCGGUGGUGGCACUCAUUGUGGAAGGAGGACCCAAUGUGAUCUCGAUAGUUUUGGAGUACCUUCGAGACACCCCUCCUGUGCCGGUGGUUGUCUGUGAUGGCAGUGGACGGGCAUCCGACAUCCUGGCAUUUGGGCAUAAAUACUCAGAAGAAGGCGGACUUAUAAACGAAUCGCUGAGGGACCAGCUAUUGGUAACUAUACAGAAGACCUUCACGUAUACCCGAACCCAAGCCCAGCAUCUGUUCAUCAUCCUGAUGGAGUGCAUGAAGAAGAAGGAGUUGAUUACGGUAUUUCGGAUGGGAUCAGAAGGACACCAGGACAUUGAUUUAGCCAUCCUGACAGCUUUACUCAAAGGAGCUAAUGCCUCGGCCCCAGACCAGCUGAGCUUAGCGCUAGCCUGGAACAGAGUGGACAUCGCUCGCAGCCAGAUCUUCAUUUACGGGCAACAGUGGCCGGUGGGGUCUCUGGAGCAAGCCAUGCUGGAUGCCCUAAUCCUGGACAGAGUGGAUUUUGUGAAAUUACUCAUAGAGAAUGGAGUAAGCAUGCACCGUUUUCUCACCAUCUCCAGACUAGAGGAAUUGUACAAUACGAGACACGGGCCCUCAAACACAUUGUACCACUUGGUCAGGGACGUCAAAAAGCGAGAAUAUCCAGGUUUCGGUUGGAUCUAUUUUAAGGGGAACCUGCCCCCAGACUACAGAAUCAGCCUGAUCGACAUCGGCCUGGUGAUCGAGUACCUGAUGGGCGGCGCCUACCGCUGCAACUACACCCGCAAGCGCUUCCGGACCCUGUACCACAACCUCUUUGGCCCCAAGCGGCCCAAAGCCUUGAAACUUCUGGGAAUGGAGGAUGACAUUCCCUUGAGGCGAGGAAGAAAGACCACCAAGAAGCGUGAAGAAGAGGUGGACAUCGACUUGGAUGACCCCGAGAUCAACCAUUUUCCGUUCCCCUUCCACGAGCUGAUGGUGUGGGCCGUCCUCAUGAAGAGGCAGAAGAUGGCGCUGUUCUUCUGGCAACAUGGCGAGGAGGCCAUGGCCAAGGCCUUGGUGGCAUGCAAGCUCUGCAAAGCUAUGGCUCACGAGGCCUCAGAGAAUGACAUGGUCGAUGACAUCUCCCAGGAGCUGAACCACAACUCUAGGGACUUUGGCCAGCUGGCCGUGGAGCUCUUGGACCAAUCCUACAAGCAGGAUGAGCAGCUGGCCAUGAAACUGCUGACGUACGAGCUGAAGAACUGGAGCAAUGCCACGUGCCUGCAGCUGGCUGUGGCUGCCAAGCACCGCGACUUCAUCGCACACACAUGCAGCCAGAUGCUGCUCACCGAUAUGUGGAUGGGUCGGCUCCGCAUGCGCAAGAACUCGGGCCUCAAGGUAAUUCUGGGAAUUCUACUUCCUCCUUCAAUUCUCAGCUUGGAGUUCAAGAACAAAGACGACAUGCCCUAUAUGACUCAGGCCCAAGAAAUCCAUCUGCAAGAGAAGGAGCCAGAAGAACCAGAGAAGCCCACCAAGGAGAAAGAGGAAGAGGACAUGGAACUGACGGCCAUGCUGGGACGGAACAGCGGGGAGUCUUCCAGGAAGAAGGACGAGGAGGAAGUUCAGAGCAGGCACCGACUGAUCCCCCUGGGCAGAAAAAUCUAUGAAUUCUACAAUGCACCCAUCGUCAAGUUCUGGUUCUACACCCUGGCCUACAUCGGGUACCUGAUGCUGUUCAACUACAUCGUCUUGGUGAAGAUGGAGCGCUGGCCUUCCACCCAGGAAUGGAUCGUCAUUUCCUACAUUUUCACCCUGGGAAUAGAAAAGAUGAGAGAGAUCCUGAUGUCGGAGCCUGGCAAGCUGUUGCAGAAAGUGAAGGUGUGGCUGCAGGAGUACUGGAACGUCACAGACCUCAUAGCCAUCCUUCUCUUCUCGGUUGGAAUGAUCCUUCGUCUUCAAGACCAGCCCUUCAGAAGUGACGGGAGAGUCAUCUAUUGUGUGAACAUCAUUUAUUGGUACAUCCGUCUACUAGACAUCUUCGGCGUGAACAAGUAUCUGGGCCCAUACGUAAUGAUGAUUGGAAAAAUGAUGAUAGACAUGAUGUACUUUGUCAUCAUUAUGCUGGUGGUGCUGAUGAGCUUUGGAGUCGCCCGGCAAGCCAUCCUCUUCCCCAACGAGGAGCCAUCAUGGAAACUGGCCAAGAACAUCUUCUACAUGCCCUACUGGAUGAUUUACGGGGAAGUGUUUGCGGACCAGAUAGACCCUCCCUGUGGACAAAACGAGACCCGGGAGGAUGGUAAGAUCAUCCAGCUGCCUCCCUGCAAGACAGGAGCUUGGAUUGUCCCAGCCAUCAUGGCCUGCUACCUUUUAGUGGCAAAUAUCCUGCUGGUCAACCUCCUGAUUGCUGUCUUUAACAAUACAUUUUUUGAGGUAAAGUCAAUAUCCAACCAAGUGUGGAAGUUUCAGAGGUAUCAGCUGAUCAUGACUUUCCAUGAAAGGCCAGUCCUGCCUCCACCUCUGAUCAUCUUCAGCCACAUGACCAUGAUAUUCCAGCACCUGUGCUGCCGGUGGAGGAAGCACGAGAGUGACCCGGAUGAGAGGGACUAUGGCCUGAAACUCUUCAUAACUGAUGAUGAGCUCAAAAAAGUACAUGAUUUCGAAGAGCAGUGCAUAGAAGAAUAUUUCAGAGAAAAGGACGAUCGCUUCAACUCGUCCAAUGAUGAGAGGAUCCGAGUGACUUCGGAAAGGGUGGAGAACAUGUCCAUGCGGCUGGAGGAAGUCAACGAGAGAGAGCACUCGAUGAAGGCCUCCCUCCAGACAGUGGACAUCCGGCUGGCACAGCUCGAGGACCUCAUCGGGCGCAUGACCACAGCCCUGGAGCGCUUGACCGGUCUGGAGCGGGCUGAGUCCAACAAAAUCCGCUCGAGGACCUCCUCCGACUGCACGGACGCCGCCUACAUAGUCCGCCAGAGCAGCUUCAACAGCCAGGAGGGAAACACCUUCAAGCUCCAAGAGAGCAUCGACCCUGCAGGUGAGGAGACCUUGUCCCCAACUUCUCCAACCUUAAUGCCCCGUAUGCGAAGCCAUUCGUUCUAUGCGGUCAAUAUGAAAGACAAAGGUGGUAUAGAAAAGUUGGAGAGUAUUUUUAAAGAAAGGUCCCUGAGCCUACACCGGGCUACUAGUUCCCACUCGGUAGCAAAAGAAUCCAAAGCUCCUGCCGCGCCUAUGAACUCCUUGGCCAUCGCUCCUGAUUCCAGAAGACCAUCGUCGUGCAUCGACAUCUAUGUCUCCGCCAUGGAUGAGCUCCACUGUGACAUCGACCCCCUGGACAAUUCCAUGAACAUCCUCGGGCUGGGCGAGCCGAGCUUCUGCACGCUGGCCCCUUCCACGGCCCCUUCCAGCAGUGCCUACGCGACCCUUGUGCCCACAGACAGGCCCCCGAGCCGGAGCGUUGACUGCGAAGACCUUACCUCCACGGACGCUAGAUCUUUCUCUUCGGACUACACCCCUCUCCCGGAGUGCCACAACCCCUGGGACUCCGACCCGCCGACGUACCACGCCAUCGAGCGCUCCAAGAGCAGCCGCUACCUGGCCACCGCGCCCUUUCUGCUGGAAGAGGCCCCCAUCGUGAAAUCGCAUAGCUUUAUGUCUUCUCCUUCGAGGAGUUACUACGCCAACUUUGGGGUGCCCGUGAAAACGGCGGAAUAUACCAGUAUCACAGACUGCAUCGACACACGGUGUGUCAACGCCCCUCGAGUGACUGCCGACAGCGCCACCUUUCCCGGGGCGCUGGGGGACAAAGUGGAGGACUUAUCGUGCUGCCACCCCGAGCGAGAGGCAGAACUGAGUCACCCCGCCUCUGACAGUGAGGAGAAUGAGGCCAGAGGCCGGAGAGCCACCAUCGCGAUAACCUCCCAGGAAGGGGACAGCUCAGACCGCGCCCUGUCCAACAACAUCGCGGUUCCCAAGAUCGAGCGCGCCAACAGCUACUCGGAGGAGGAGCCCAGCGCGGCGUAUGCACACACCAGGAAGAGCUUCUCCAUCAGCGACAGACUCGACAGGCAGCGGAACACAGCAAGCCUGCGCAAUCCCUUCCAGAGGAGCAAGUCCUCCAAGCCGGAGGGCCGAGGGGACAGCCUGUCCAUGAGGAGACUGUCCAGAACAUCGGCUUUCCACAGCUUUGAAAGCAAGCACAACUAAAACCUUCCUACUCGGAGUUGCGGAAAGCUUGCGACUCCAGCCCUAAAACUGCUCCCAAACUCCACCUUUCCGCCCCUCCCUCCAGUCGUACCCCGUUUUAUUCUUAGCUGAACAAAACUCGCAGUGCUUUGGGAGACGCUAAUACAGUGGUGACUUCUGGGCCACAGAUCUGACCCAGUGCCAAACGCAGGGGAGUUCGGGCAUGUUCGCCUCUGCUGGGUAGGGAGGAGAAAGACGGGGAGAGGAAAGGCUAGAGAUGAAUGUGUAUCAGUCUCUGCAGGCAGCCCUGAGCUCGGGGCACCAGGGGGCUCCAAGCACUCUCUAUACCAGGAGGCAUCUUGUGAUUUCUGCCCAUUAUCAAGAGUUUUAGGUUGCAGGGCUAAAUAAAAUAAAACAGCCAGCAUACAAAAUGAGAUAUUCUAAACUUCAAUUCUGUUUUCUUUUCACAUUGGCUCCAUCACUGGUGACUGAUGAAGAGCAUCCUUUUUAUUCAGUAUAAGCCGGCAGCAAGCAGUUCUACCUAACGUCCCACAUCCUUCUCAUGCCAACACUUCUGUAAUUGGUCAUUCUAAAGAAAAAACAAGGUAACAGUCAUAGUUCACCUGUCUUAUAUAUUCACUUCUGGUGCCACAACUGUUUUAUCUUUUUUUGGAGAAAAUAAGGGAACAGAAAUGCCUUUUGUCUUGCAAGUGAAAUGAGAAAAGAGCUGAUGUUAAAAACAAAAGUCACAUGAUUGACGAUAUACAGUGGGCAUAGUCAAGCAAGCUCAGGACGAAUGUAAUUAAAUAAUUUUAUAUUUUAAAAUUUAUUUUGUAUCUCACCUGUCAUCAAUGAAUUCAUUCAUUGAAUAUGUAAUAUUGAAUUUAAAAAAAAAAAAAAGAGUGGGCAGAACUAACCUAAAGUUGCCAUAUGGGAUAUCGCUAUUCUCACCAUUUGUGUCAUGUGUUUUGCUGCUGUGUGACCUUCAUCAUUUGCAUGACCCCACCGUGUCCUCUAAACACCCCUCGGACGUAAGUGCCAAUUUUCCACACUCCCAUCACAUGACUAUUUUGUAUAUGAAUACAUGGUUAUAUGUGGAUAUUUUCAUACCUAGAGUUUUGCCAUCCAAUCUGAGCUCAGCAUAAAUUUAAUUGGAGUUUUUCAAGGGCUGGUAUCUUUUUUAUGGAAACGUUCCAAAGUACUUUUUAAGGAAGUUUCAAAACCAUAAAUAACCUUAGAAUUGACUGGGAAUUUGGUAUCAACCCAAAGCCAUCAGUUGCAGGCACACCAUGAAUAUUUUUCUUACACACAGAGCUAUAUUAAAAAAAAAAGUAGGCCAAAAUAGAAGGCAAAUAAAUCAUAUAAAGAAUUCUAUAGUGUAUGCUAUGCUGCUUAUAUACGUAUAUAUGCAUUUACAGAGAGACACAUGUUUAUAUACAGUAUAUAAACAGAAAUAGAGAGCUUUAAGAGGCUCAUACUUUUCUAUCUCCUGGAGAUAUAGCCACGAUUUUUUAAUGUCCAAGAAAUUCCAUUCAGAGAGUACAUUAUACUAUUAGACCAAAUUUUGAAAUUAUGAUUUUUUAAAUCUCCAUCACCUUAACUUUUCCUUGACCCAAACAAGAGCUGUCAAAAUGACUCACCACCCGCCUGCUGCACCUUUUUAACCCAAACCACUUACUAUCCAUCUCAUUUAUUCUAGUUUCUCUUACACAAAGCUAUAAAAUGAUUUAUACAAUUGGAACAGAUAUACGGUUCUAACCCGGAUCGUACUAUGGACUCUGGAACAGAAGCAUAAGUUUGUAGAUCAGAACCUGGAUUUGAAUUGGGAUAAAGAAAUCUUGACCCCUCAAAUCUUCUGAUUGCUAUAUGGAUCACUGAAGUUUAAAACAAACAAACAAAACAAAUGAACAAAAACAAACAAACAAACUUUAAGAGCUGGGGAUUUG